AUGACUCUAUCUAUCUAUAUAAGCGUGAAUAAAUGUGAGUUGUCGGUUGUGAAAGAUUCGCUGGACUACGUUCACGCUUCGGUUGACACGCUUAUAGCUAGGAUAGCCGAGGUAGAUCGUGAAACUCAAAUACUUCAGAAGACCAAGGAAGAUGUAACCCGCCUAGAACAGCGUUUGCAAAAAUUGGAAGCAGUCUUCAAUGAUGGGGAGCAGCGGUCACGAUUAAACAAUAUUGAAAUCAAAGGAGUCCCUAUAACUAACACGGAAAAUCUAUUUACCAUUGUAUCUAAAAUAGCAACCAAAAUUGACUUCAAUAUUAGCGAUAACAACAUUAAUUAUAUUGCUAGAAUUCAUUCCCGUAACGAUAAAAACAAUAAAAGCAUAAUCGUAUCUUUGCACAAUCGAUACCUCAGAGACAACUUUGUCGCAGCAGUGAGAAAAUGUAAAUCCCUUACGCCGUUGGAUAUAGGUCUUAACGGUACUAACAGAAUUUUUAUCAACGACCAUUUAACGCUUGAAAACAAAUUGUUAUUAAACAAAACAAAGGCUUUGGCCAAGGAGCGGGAUUUUUCGUACGUUUGA